AUGGAAAGAACACGGGGUGAUUGCUUUGAUGUGAAAGAGGAUUCAUGGUUAGAAAAAGGUGCUCAGACUGCUCAAAUUGAUGACACAGAUCGAAAUGAUGAUUGUUGUGGGCGAUGUGGAGAUGUAGGUCAACUGAUAUGCUGCGAUAGCUGUCCAUCUGCAUUUCACCUAGCAUGUUUGUUUGAGCAGAUCACUUUAGAGAUACAGAAUCAUGUACAAGGAACUCAAGCUGCUUUAUUCUUUUCUCCAGAUCAUGAGACAUGCAUGCAAGGGAAGGGCUUGAAAUUUGAAUUGGCCUCAGAUACUUGGUUCUGUGGAGAAUUGUGUCAAGAGGUAUACUCAGGUCUUCAGUCUCGCAUUGGGGUGAUAAAUCAUCUUUCUGAUGGCUACUCUUGGACACUUAUUAAGUCCAUUCAUGGCGAGCACAAAGUUCAUUCUGAUAAAUGCUUUGAUGCUUUGAAGGAAGAGUGCAACUCAAAGCUAGCGGUUGCAAUCACGAUUUAUGAGGAAUGCUUUCUUUCUAUGGUUGACCCAAAAACAGGCAUAAGCAUGAUACCUCAAGUCAUGUACAACAGGGGAUCAGAAUUCCCACGUCUGAACUAUGGUGGGUUCUAUACUGUGGUUUUGGAGAAAGAUGCUAUCAUGAUGUCUGUAGCAUCCAUCAGAAUCCAUGGAGUUAAUGUAGCAGAGCUUCCUUUAGUCAAAUAUGAUAGCAUGGAGUUGAGCUUCUCAGGGGCAUUCACCUUUUGA